AUGCGCCGUUAUAGUCCCCGCCCUUAUCGCAUCUGCGUAUCAUCGGACAUCAUCAUCUGGCCGCUCGCGAUUGCCACAUCAGCAGCAGUGUCUGUAGUGCGCCCGCACCGCUUCGUCGCCGCGCGUGUGUACCUGCCAUCCAACCCCUUCACCGCAUCCCACCCUGCGGACUCCACCGCUAAAUCUUCCGCUGAAUCCGCUGGGGCGCAGGAGAAGCGGGCGGUGGUGAUGAGAGGUGAGGUCGGCGGUGACAGGGUGGGGCAGGGGGAAGGCGAUGACAGGGCGCUUGGGGGGGGGCCAGGGCGGAGAAGCGCAGUGGCACGCGCAGAGCCCCACCAUGCCGCUGCAGUGCCGUGGGAGGAGAGGGGCGGAGCCCCGCCAUUCCGCUGCAGCACUGUGGGUGGGGAGGAGCGCUCGAUGGCGCCGCUUCUCGUAGUGGCGGGCGGGAACAACCUGUCCAAGGACGCGUGUUAG